ACAAUUAUUAGACUACAGCCAAAUGCAGACUGAGGCAAGAAUAUAUGUUUUUGUCAUUCACACUGACGUAUAUUUGAGAAAUGUUUCACUUUUGAGAUUUAACUCAGUCGUUCCGUGCAUUUACAUUCACAGUAAUAUUUUGGAAACUUUAAAACUGAUCACAGUUGCACGCAAUUUAAAUUUUCUACCUCAUCUUUGAUUAUGAUAGAUGCAUCACUAGAUUUCUGUAAAAGAUUGCCCUGGCAACUGAUAUUAUGUUUCAAAAUGACAGUACAUUGCACUUGACAGGAAUAAUUGCAAAAAUAAUAAUACAGAGUUUAGCGUGAGGGUAAAGUGAGGAUAGUUUUUGAGAGACGAAGAUGCAUUGGUUCUGUUAAAAAAAAACUUUAAAGUUUAUGACGGCUCAUUUACAAUGGCAGGCGUGAAUCAUGCUUUAUGCAUAGAGCAAAACUUGCCUUUUUGUCCUAGUGCACCUGCCGUAGUUUUCACUUCAGCCUUCAUGCUGCCAUUAAUAUGCUUGUACUAUUUUUUAUUUCUGCGCCUGGCGUGUUUUUGACACUUUGGCGUAUUUGAAAGUGCACAUUAAGCUGAAUUCCGAUACGUGUUUUCAGUUGUGUUGGCUUUAAUAACUUGACCGUCUUAAAAACACGCCUCCGUUGCGGCUUGACGAACCGUAACAUGAGUACUCUGUCUGCCUUCGCAGCGGCCGUGCUCCUACUCUUCUUUUCGUUUGCAUGGUUGUGUGCCGACCACGGACUGGUUGGGUCAAUUCAUGGCGAUAGAUUCGUUUAUUUUCCACAAGAACCACAGAAAAAUGCGCGGAGGUUUCUUACAGAGACCCACCAGGAAAUUAAAAUUCCGAGGGCCCGUGAAUGCACCGCAGCUCCUGAGAGUCGGUUUGCCUGCGGCAGGGAUCGAACCCUCAGCCAGGAGGAGUGUGAGGAGAGGGGCUGCUGCUACUCUCCUCUGCCCAGCUAUGCAGGACCACCUUGGUGCUUUUACCCCAGUUUGUACCCGGGUUACACGAUGGGUCCCCUCACGCCCACCAGGCGGGGCCAUGGUGCCACUUUGACCCGGGUCCAUCCCUCCUAUCUCCCCAAAGACAUCCCCGUCCUCAGCCUGGAGGUCAUCGAAGAAGACUCAGGCUGUCUGCACCUCACUCUGAAAGACCCUUCCUCUCAGCGCUAUGAGGUUCCCCUGCCAGCCGGCGUCCCCAAGAAGAACGCUGCUGCUGAGGACGUCCUGUAUACCAUCGAAUACCAUCCUGACCCAUUUGGCUUCGUGGUGCGACGAAAAUCCAACAGAAGGGUGAUUAUGAACACCACAGUCGCUCCUCUGCUGUUUGCUGACCAGUACCUGCAGCUGUCCACCACACUGGCCUCCUCCUUGGUGUCCGGCCUCGGGGAGCAUUACACCUCCCUCCGCUUGGACCUUAACUGGACUUCUCUGAGCUUGUGGAACAGAGACAUGGCUCCACAUGCAGACGCAAACCUGUAUGGCUCCCAUCCAUUUUACAUCGUACAAGAAGAGGAUGGCUUGGCACAUGGAGUUUUUCUUCUCAACAGCAAUGCAAUGGAGGUGGCUUUCCAGCCCACCCCGGCUCUCACAUGGGUGUCCACCGGAGGAAUCCUGGAUCUGUACAUUUUCCUGGGUCCUGACCCUUCCAGCGUUGUGCGACAGUACCUCCAAAUCAUCGGCUAUCCCAUGAUGCCUCCUUAUUGGUCACUGGGCUUUCAUCUGUGUCGCUGGGGUUACACCACCAGUAAUACCACCCGGAGGGUGGCGCAACGCAUGCACAAUGCCAAAUUUCCUUUGGAUGUGCAGUGGAAUGACUUGGAUUAUGCACACAAGCAAAGGGUGUUCACCUUUGACCCCUGGCGAUUCGGGGACCUUCCAGACAUGGUGGAGGACUUUCAUAGGAGAGGCAUGAAGUACAUCCUCAUUCUGGAUCCUGGCAUCAGCAGCACCAGUCCUCCUGGGACUUACCCUCCCUUCGACGAUGGCCUGAAACGAGACGUUUUUAUCAAAAAUGCAACAGGAGACAUCUUGAUCGGGAAGGUUUGGCCCGGCCCUACGGCCUUCCCAGACUUCACCAACCCAGAGACUAGACAGUGGUGGGAGGACUGCAUUAGAGAUUUCCAUUCCAAAGUUCCAGUGGAUGGACUGUGGAUUGACAUGAAUGAACCCGCAAGCUUUGUGCAGGGCUCGGUAGACGGAUGUCCUGACAGUGACUUUGAAAAUCCACCAUUUACACCCAGCGUGGUCGGAGGCCGUUUGAACUCAGGAACUCUGUGCAUGUCUGCGCAGCAGAAACUGUCCUCUCACUACAACCUGCACAAUCUCUAUGGGCUGACGGAAGCGUAUGCAACACACAGCGCUCUUGUGAAAGUGCGGAUGAAGCGGCCCUUCGUGCUGUCGCGCUCCUCCUAUCCAAGCAUCGGACAUUUCUCUGGCGUGUGGACAGGAGACGUCAGGAGCGACUGGGAGCAGCUUCGAUUCUCCAUUCCUGCCGUGCUGCAGUUCAGCCUGUUCGGGGUUCCUCUGGCAGGAGCAGACGUCUGUGGCUUCGAAGGAAACACCACCGAGGAGCUGUGUGUGAGAUGGAUGCAGCUCGGAGCCUUCUACCCGUUUAUGAGGAACCACAACGACAGGGCCAAUGCUCCCCAGGAGCCCUAUGUGUUUGGGCAGAAGGCCCAGGCAGCCAUGCGGAGCGCGGUGAACCUUCGCUACUCUCUCCUCCCGUUCCUCUACACACUCUUCCACCAUGCACACACUUCUGCUGACACUGUGGCCAGGCCUCUCUUUAUGGAGUUUCCCACAGAUCCCAACUGUCAGACUAUAGACCGCCAGUUCCUGUGGGGGAGUUCCGUCCUCAUUAGCCCGGUUUUAGAGCAGGGAGCAGUGGAGCUGGCUGCAUACCUGCCCCCUGGCACUUGGUACAGUCUGCACGAUGGUCAGCCGUACUACACUAACGGUCAGUACUUGCUCCUGCCCGCCCCGUUGGACACUAUCAACGUCCAUGUGAGGGCGGGACACAUCAUCCCCCGACAGGAACCUGCUUUGACGACCACAUCGUCGCGACAGAACCCUUUCUUCCUGACGGUGGCGCUGUCUGCUGGCGGCUGGGCCCGAGGAGACCUGUUCUGGGAUGACGGGGACAGCCUCCACACCUUCGAAAUGCAAAAUUACUGCUAUAUUAUCUUCAUUGCCGGACAGUCUCAGGUUGUGAGUGACCCUGUCAGGCUGAAUGGGUCUCUGGAUGGUCUGGUGCUGGGGGGGCUGCAGGUGUUCGGGGUCCCCUCUCCGCCCCACUAUGUAUUAGCAAAUGGUGAAAAAGUCAGUGAUUUUACGUAUCACACAGACACCAAGACUCUGACAGUGACGAACAUUGCAUUACCCAUGUCAGAAGUGUUCACAGUCCAGUGGGCCCUCUGAUGUGCUGAACUUCAUUUCCCAGGAACCUCAGGGAGCCUUUGCUGUCUGUUCUGCUCCUGAAAAGAUUGCCUGCAUUUUUGUACAGUGACACCAACAGAUUUCUUUGGGGCAUUGCAUUCACACUGGAGAUGAACGUACAAUUUAGAAGGCUCUGCUGUGCUUUCUAGCUGGCCAGCCUCUGCAAAAGGACUUUAUGAAAUCAUAACAUUUAAAAUCAAGAGACUCAUCAUAUUGAUGUACUUUGUUGAUUUAGUUUGUUGUUGUUGAUUGAUAUGCUGAAUUACAACAGUUUUAAUACCUUUUACAUAAACAGAUUUGAUAGCUUCAAGUUGUCAUAUUGUUCAAUUUCUAUAUUUUUGUCAUCUGGACUGCACUGAAGAAUGUCAAAUAUAGAUUGAAACAAACUUCAUAUCCUGAAUUUGUACUUAUUUCAAUACCCAUUGCAGUCACAUCGCAU